UUUUGCACGUGCCAAAUUUCUACUGUAACUUACACCUUGUGUCUUGAACGCAUCAUGACAGCAAUAUACAAUCAAAGUCACAGCACCACUAUGUUAUACAGGUGCAUAAUAAUGAGAAGUACAGUGUGACUCGUCUGUACUUUGUUUACCAAACUUCCUGCACGGAACACAUCAUGUCAUGUCUGAUGUCGCCCUCUGUCUUUAACUAGUUAAAGUGGAUGAUUGGAGGCCUGACUCUGGCGCCACCCACUGGACACAGAAAGCAACAGCAGCUUCCUUUACAUCCAGAACUCUUCCCAGAGCUAUGUCCUCACAUAGCCAGCCAACAAUUGGGUGCACAGGUGCAUGAGAGUGUCCGUCCAGUCCGUGCCACUUGAAGCACUAGUUGUUUAAUUUUUCUUUGACACAGUCAAGAACAUACAUAUUUCAUUAUUGGUUAAGAAAGCACCACUGCCUCCGUGCAACAGGACAGCAUCAACAAGGAGUAAUAAUAGUUUAUGUCACUAAUAUAAACAAGAAUAGUAAUAAGUCCUGCAUGUCCUUGUGAGUUUCAAUGGCUGGCAUCUAUAUUGUAAUCAAGAGGAGCGACCUGCUCAAGGGCAAAUCUUCAGCUGUCCCACAGCUGUCAACCACAAACAAAGAGCAAUAUGAAUCAUCAGCACACUUUCAGCGACCCUGCAAUUAUCCAGCUCCUGAAUCGCGUCACAUGUCUGCCUGCUAUGUAUAGAGUCUGUCCUCAGAGCUGGACAGGAGGCAUUCACUCUGCCAGGGAGUGAGUGAGUGGUGAGACAGUGUAAAUGGUCUGGGUCAGACUCUGAGCAGGAGAUGUCAUGAAGCUGUGCAACAAAGAGGAGGUGAUGGAGUCCAGCGACUCUAAGCCGCCGCCACCACCACCACCACCACCACACAGGCUGAGGAUCAACAUUACUGGCAACUCUUUCUUUGUGGACAGAGGCACUCUGGCUGAGAACUGUGAGUACUUCAGGGCAUUGUUCCAGUCAGGGAUGAUAGAGUGCCAGAAAGAAGAGAUUCAACUGCAAUGUGUCGGAGUUCUGGGUUUCUCGGUCUUGCUGCGAGUCCUGGACGGGGAGCGGCCAGCGCUCAACAGUGACCAGAUAGUGGAAGCCAUUGAGUGUACGGCUUUUCUGCAGGUGUCGGCCCUCACCAAGCACUUGAUCAAUGUCAUCAACUCUGAAAACUGUUUGCUCAUGUACCAUACAGCAGCCACCUAUGGUGUGUGGGAGCUGUCCCACAGCUCAGCCUUGUUCAUCAGAGACAUGUACGCAGACCUGAGGGACGAACUUCACACUCUACCCAACAAGCUGGUCGACUACAUCCAAUCUCUUCUGCCGAGCAGCUACAUGGCUGUGUGCAGCCACUCUCCGUCCACAGAGCUGCUGCCGGACGUCCAGAGGACGGUCUGGUACCUGGAGGAAGAGCCCAGAGAGUGGAAGGUCCUGACACAUCUCCCCGCGAGCACCAGCACCACCAUGGCAGGUGUGGCCGUUCUCCAGAACAGACUCUACAUAAUUGGAGGGGUGCAUGAUGUGAGCAAGAAGGUGGUCGAGACGGGUUUCUGCUACGACCCUGAAACAAACGCAUGGUCGACCAUCUGUGGCCCCCAGCAACUGCGCUACAACCUCACUCUGAUAGGACAUGAGGACUGCCUGUAUGCUGUAGGAGGGGAGUACAACAAGAAGGCCAUGUCGUCUGUGGAGAGGUACCAAGUGUCUGAUGGGAGCUGGAGUUUUGUGUCUGCACUCCCUUUCCCUGCAGCCUCAGUGGCCUCUGCUGUAGCCAUGAACAGGAUGUUUAUCUGUCUAUGGCGAGGACAAGGGGCCACAGAUAUCUUUGAAUACACGUCUAAACCAGAUCAGUGGCUUCUGGUCACCACACUGGUACGCCAGCACAGUUAUGGGAUUUAUAUGGUGGCCCAUAAUGACAACCUGUACGUGAUGCGAAAUGGACCCUGCGAGGACUUCUUGCGGUGUGUGAUCGACUGCUACAGUCUGACCUCUGGACAGUGGACGGCCAUGUCCGGCCAGUAUGGGAACAGUAAGGGCUCACUGCUCACUGCUGUGGUGAGAGGAGACUCCGUGUUCACCCUCAGCAGACAGGUGACCACCGAGUACACUGUGGACCGUUACAGAUGGCGACCGAAACGUGAGAUGCAAGGUUUCGGCAGAAUUGGAUCCAUGUAUACAUUCCUACUGAGGCUGCCUAAAGCCUCAAUGUUAAUCACUGACAACAGUUUGGAUGUGACUAACGAUCAGAACAUCAAGCUCCUCAGCGAGUGUCCUAUAUUGUCUCCACAGUGCUCGGCUAACCUGUAGGAACUGCAAAUAAAAACACACAAAAAUAUAAAA